AUGGGCAUUGUAACAUCAUACCAAUGUGCCAGCAGUAAGCAGAAGGAGAUGAGGGCAGCUGGGUACAACAACAUCAAAUGCUGGAGGGAGGACUGUGAGCUGUUUUUCCAACAUAGUGCCACCGGAGAAGUCUGCCCCCGACCCCCUCCUACUGCUAAACCAACAAAGGAGGCUGGAAGAGAGGAGGAAUUCGAGGAGAGGGCUGAAAUAGAGGGGGAGGUUGAGGGUCCAGUGGAGGAAGAGAUGGAAAGAGAGGAGGCAGAGUGGGGUCCAGUGGAGGAAGAGAGCGAAGAAGAGGAGACAGAGUGGGGUUCCCUGCUAGGAGAGACAGAAAGAGAAGAAGAAGAAGGACGUACAUCAUCAGUGCUAGAAGGAAAUGACAGACAGGAAGAGGACUCUGAUUCAACAGUGGAUUCAGAGACUGAAUACUUUGGAUUAAACCUCACCUGUGAGAGUGAUUAAAGAAGUGUCCUAACACAGGGUCUGUAGAUUACAGGGUAUUAGGCUACAUCUCUGAACAACAAGGGACUAUCAUAGUUUGGGGACCGACUCACAAUACCGGAUGGUAACACUUUGAACUGUACUUCAUGACAUGGUCGUAAAUAUGAUAUAACAAGUGUUAUAGGAAGAUGUUAUGACACCUUUUCACUGAAUGUCAAGUGCCAUUUUCCAUGUAUUGGAAAACCGUUUUACAGAUAGGUAUACUUGAAUAAAAAUGUUGAUUUGCUUCUUUUGUUCAGGUGUCAACAUUCUUAACUUGCUGAUCUGAGUGCAGAUUUCGAGAUGAUCAGAUAUCAUAGAGAAAUACUUUAUCGUAGCCUACAUGUGGUAAAUAAUAUGGUUCAUACAUACACGUGGUAGAUUGUUAUAGAAUAUUACUUUCACACUGUAUUGAUCCUGUAUCUAGACAAGCCUCAUCCUGUGCACUGCAUAUUCUGUCAAUGGCAAACUUUACAUGAAACUUUUCAAUGAUAUCCAGAGGGGGAAACCAGAGACUUAAAGGGUCUACAGACAAUACGCAAACUGGGCCUUUUUUAUUUAGAGAUUUGCUAAGCGCAAGUAUGUGUAUGUCCAGUUUGGAGGAGCGUCUGUGUGAGCUGGUGAGAUAAUACGAGAACCUUUACAACCCUUACGAUGCGGUUGUAUUCGGACAAGCAAGUAAAAGACAACAGCUGAAGGGAGAUAUCACAAAAUGUGAACACCGAUACUGAUAUCAAAGAAACAUGGAGAAAGAUUCAGGACCGGUAUGUUCGCAAUCUGAAAAGGGUGAAGGAGACGAGGAGUUGUCCCACCGAUUGUCAGACAACUGGAUUUGCUUGGUGUUCAUGUGAAACAUCGUCAGACAGACAACAAUAUGCCAGAUACGGUGUGUACUCGUCAUGCAGCCGAGUCCUUUUGGACAGUCUUUAUGAUCUUACGUUUGGCAGACCAAAUUAGAGAAAUUGUGAGUGGUAGUAUAGAUACAGUACUAGUCAAACGUUUGGACACACCUACUCAUUAAAGGGGUUUUUCUUUAUUUUUUUACUAUUUUCUACAUUGUAGAAUAAUAGUGAAGAAAUCAAAACUAUGAAAUAACACAUAUGGAAUCAUGUCAUCAAGGCAAAGGGUGGCUAUUUUGAAGAAUCUCAAAUAUAAAAUAUAUUUUGAUUUGUUUAACACUUUUUUGGUUACUACAUGAGUAGCUCAGCUGGUAGAGCACGGCGCUUGUAACGCCAAGGUAGUGGGUUCGAUCCCCGGGACCACCCAUACACAAAAAUGUAUGCACGCAUGACUGUAAGUCGCUUUGCAUAAAAGCGUCUGCUAAAUGGCAUAUUAUUUAUUAUUACAUGAUUCCAUAUGUGUUAUUUCAUAGUUUUGAUGUCUUCACUAUUAUUCUGCAAUAUAGAAAAUAGUAAAAAUAAAGAAAAACCCUUGAAUGAGUAGGUGUGUCCAAACCUUUGACUUGUACUGUAUAGUCGUGGUCAAACGUUUUGAGAAUUACCCAAGUAUUGGUCUUCACAAAGUUCGCUGCUUCAGUGUUAUGAUAUAUUUUGGUCAGAUGUUACUAAGGUAUACUGAAGUAUAAUUGCAAGACUUGAUUUCUUGGUUAACCGAGAUUACCUGCACACAGGUUUCAAACCGGGUAGUGUCAUUUGGUCGCAUGGGUCGAUUCGAUUGUCCAAUUUUUUGCUUAAAUGAGGGGAGGUCCUGAAGGUCUUCUGUUAACAUUGUAAACCUUCCUUACUCAACCAUGACGGUCAGUGACUGCUUCAAGCCUAGGGAGGUAGAAAAGGAGAAUUGGAACCAGGCCCUAUAGUUUUAAAUUUGGCGCCUUACAGCCAACAUGGCGGUGUACACGUUUUUUGGUUUGUUGACAUGGUGGUAGCCUCGUCGAGACCCAGGCAAUUUAGCUCAUUGGACCCCUAAUCAGGAAGCCUGGAGAAGUCCGUGGCAGAAAGUGGGCUUGUUCAACAUUGCAGGCGACUGCCGACUGACUGAUCUACAAAUCACCUUGCAUCAUAAAUAACGACUCAGUACAUCACAGUUUACCCAUGAUACAUCACGGUCUUAAUGCUCUCUUCUUCUUCUUUGAUGAGGUUUAACGGCGGUUGGCAUCCAAUACAUGUUGCAUUACCGCCACCUACUGGACUGGAGUAGAACUCCCUUAUACUUAGCUUGAAAAAAAAAUAUACCCUACCAUCUAACACAAAAAAAUAAUAUAAAUAUAUAUAUAUAUAUAUAUAUAAUAAUCAUAAUAAAUAAAAAUAAAAAACACCACCCUACUCCACUAUUUAUAUCUAUUUAGUUCUACUUCAGGCCAACAGCCUGAAAGGAUGGGACAUCACCACUUAACACACCCUGUAUCUCUGCUGAUGUCAAGUCUCGCACACCCAAAUACCUCUGCAAGCGGCCACCACACACCCAAAUACCAUCUGCAGCUUGCCCACCACACCCAAUACCCUCUGCAAGCUGCCACCACACCCAAACCACCUCUCUGCCGCUGCCACCACACCCAAAUACCUCUGCAGGCUGCCACCACACCCAAAUACCCUCUGCAGCUGCCAGCCACACCCAAAUACCUCAUGCAGCUGGCCAUCACACUCCAAAUACCUCUGCAGCUUGACCACCCACACCCAAAUACCUCGCAGCUGCCACCACACCCAAAUACCUCUCUGCUUGCCACCACAACCCACAAUACCAUCUCUGGUUGGCCACCACACCGCCCCAAAAUACCUCUCUGCUGCCAACCACACCCCAAAUACUCUGCAGCUGCCCACCACAACACCCAAAUACCUACUCUUUUGCCGGUGUACCACCCACACCAAAUCCCUCUCUGCAGCUGCCACACAACACCAAAUACCUCUGCAGCUGCCACCCUACAACACCCAAAUUCUACCCUCUGCAGCUGCCACCAACACCCACAUACCUCUCUGCUGCCACCACACCCAAAUACCUACCUCUGGCAGCUGCCACCACACCCAAAUACCUCUGCAGCUGCCACCACACCCAAAUACCUCUGCAGCUGCCACCACACCCAAAUACCUCUCUGCAGCUGCCACCACACCCAAAUACCUCUGCAGCUGCCACCACAACCCACAAAUACCUCUCUGCUGCCACCACCCCAAAUACCUCUGCAGCUGCCACCACCCCAAAUACCUCUGCAUGCUGCCACACACACCCAAAUACCUCUGCAGCUGCCACCACACCCAAAUACCUCUCUGCUGCCACCACACCCAAAUACCUCUGCAGCUGCCACCACACCCAAAUACCUCUGCAGCUGCCACCACACCCAAAUACCUCUGCAGCUGCCACCACACCCAAAUACCUCUGCAGCUGCCACCACACCCAAAUACCUCUCUGCUGCCACCACACCCAAAUACCUCUCUGCAGCUGCCACCACACCCAAAUACCUCUGCAGCUGCCACCACACCCAAAUACCUCUGCAGCUGCCACCACACCCAAUACCUCUCGCUGCCACCACACCCAAAUACCUCUGCAGCUGCCACCACACCCAAAUACCUCUCUGCAGCUGCCACCACCACCCCAAAUACCUCUGCAGCUGCCACCACACCCAAAUACCUCUGCAGCUGCCACCACACCCAAAUACCUCUCUGCAGCUGCCACCACACCCAAACCAACCUCUCUGCAGCUGCCACCACACCCAAAUACCUCUCAGCUGCCACCACACCCAAAUACCCUCUGCAGCUGCCACCACACCCAAAUACCUCUCUGCAGCUGCCACCACACCCAAAUACCUCUCUGCAGCUGCCACCACACCCAAAUACCUCUGCAGCUGCCACCACACCCAAAUACCUCUCUGCAGCUGCCACCACACCCAAAUACCUCUCUGCUGCCAAACCCACACCCAAACUACCUCUGCAGCUGCCACCCCAACCACACCCACAACCCUCCUCUCGAGCUGCCACCACACCCAAAUACCUCUGCAGCUGCCACCACACCCAAAUACCUCUGCAGCUGCCACCACACCCAAAUACCUCUGCAGCUGCCACCACACCCAAAUACCUCUCUGCAGCUGCCACCACACCCAAAUACCUCUCUGCAGCUGCCACCACACCCAAAUACCUCUGCAGCUGCCACCACACCCAAAUACCUCUCUGCUGCCACCACACCCAAAUACCUCUCUGCAGCUGCCACCACACCCAAAUACCUCUGCAGCUGCCACCACACCCAAAUACCUCUCUGCAGCUGCCACCACAACCUCAGUUUUCUGCGACAUACGUUCCAUCCCUGCAGUACAGUUGAUAACCAUUGCUAUAAAUGCUAGAAAUCCAAUCUUACUUAAAUAUAUAUCACUUGUUGGUUUAUCCCUCUGUACUGGUACAGAUCUACUAUUCACAUCACUCCUCUCACGUUCCCUCCCCCUUGACCCAUCUUCCUCUACUUUCUUCACUGCCUCAGCAUGACAACUUCUGCACUACUCUAACCCUGGAAAACUCAACCUGCCUCUCUCGCACAGGACAUUUCUGAUCCCCAGCCCCAUGGGCACCCCUACAAUGAACACAUACCACUACUUUCCCCAAUGCUACACAUUCCUUUGUCUCAUGCCCUUCUGCACACUUCUCACACCUAGGAACCUCCCUCCUACACACUGCUGCCACAUGCCCAUAAGCUUGACACCUGUAACAACGUAAUGUAUUCGGCACAAACGCUCGUACAGGAUAACUUAUAUAUCCUAACAUCACUUUGUCGGACAAAGACUCAACAUCAAAACUCAAAAGGACAGACAAUGACUCUUCUGUUUCACCACUCUCGCCACCCUGUCUGCGUCGCACCAAACGACGAGCAUCACAAACACCGGGAAUCUUCCCCCUUCAGUUUGUCAGCUUUCACAUUUACCGCUACCCCAGUAAUUACUCGUUUCAAUGGCACCCUUUUCUUGAGAGCAAAACAAUUCACAUCUCUUGCCCCCAUUGGUUUAACACGGAGCGCCUGCUCCCUCUGACCAGCAGAAACACAAACAAUUAUCACAAGACCACUUCUGGUUACCUUCACCGAUUCCACAGCACCCAACUCUGUUGUCACCCACCCUGAAACCACAAACGGAUCAGCCAAAAGGCAAAGGUCCACUUUUUCCAAAAACUUUACUCCUACUGUCACAGACUCAUCUUUAUCAUGACACUCGGUGCAAGCUUUGAGCUACGAGAACUUUACCACACCAAUACUUCACCCUCUUCCAUUUCUCCUCCUGUCUUCAGCUCACUCUGCUUACACUUUCUACCAUUCUUCUUUAACAAACCAUCUCCUUUUUUCCCGCCAUUUUUAACCGACUCAAGCUCACUCUCUUCCUCCCUCUCUCUCUCUCUUAGACCACCUCUGCCUCUAUUUUUCCCUCCAUUCCUUCUCCGUAUUCCAAGUAUAACUCUCCUUAUGAUAAUACUGCACUUCUCCUGACAUACAUCUUGUUCUUGCCUUCUCAAGCGACGCCAUUUAACGGGCUGUCACAAUCUCCAGUGCCAUCAGCAUGAACCCCUCGGGAUGUAGCGCUCAACAGUUCAAGCCUUGAUGCUCUCGAACACGGCCAAUAGCUAAUAAGGGGUGGGAACCCGGUGUAAACUGAGGGAGUUCUAUUAAUGCACCGGAUAUUCCCCGGGUGAAGCGGAUUUGAACCGGGCUGCCUCCCGGGCGUGAGCCAGGAGCCGUAGGUUAAGCACAUGGAGUAAUGUGUUUUCACAUGCAAAAGUGAUUGCUUUUGAAAAUUCAAACACAUAUUUUAUGGAAAAGAGAUAUAUGUUUCUGAACGAUGCCUUGUUGACAACAUGUCUGAGCGUCGCAGAUUACUGUUCUAUUUGAGAAGGGCGCUCCUCCCUCACCGCUUUUGCCCGUUCACGUCACGGGGCAUAGGCUUGUACACUGUGGCUCAGGUUAAUAGAGCUCCCUCAAUGGGUGUAAAUCAGUGACGCCUCACAACACAUCAAACAUCAAAACGCCUUGCUUGGGCGGAGCUCCAAAGGUGCUCACUAGAUUAGUGUCGUAGGUGCAACAGUGUGCGAGGAUGACGCGUGGCAAAUGUUUGCGGAAGUAAUAAAUGGUUGCGUUCCCCCUGCUCAAAUGUUGCAUGCAUCAACCAAUGGUUGCGUGCGACGUCAUCGACUGUGCCGUCAGGAACUAGAUUGCUAUAACGUAUGAUGUGGUUUAGCUGAUUCUUAAAAUACCUAUCCAGACGUUGUAAGAACUGGUAUACGUCAGCAACACCUGGGCAGAGGAACUCACCCAAUAUGUUGUUGUUGAAGAGUCUGAGGAAGCACAGUGCAGCAUUGAUGGGAAUCACGUUCCCAGAGUUCCCAGAGUGCCCCGUGGGUGGAUGUCGCAGUAGCUAGGAUCACUAAUAGUGACGGUAGACUUUGUUGCGUUUAUUGCACAAGUGCUACAUUUCACUGUACACAAACUAAUGCAAAAAUGAAGAAACUAAGACAUUUUUGUGAAGGCGGCAAAAAAAUAUAGAAAAAUGUAUCUCCAAGACUUCACGGCCGAAACGUUGCAGGAAAUACUGAAGGGAGAUGUUCCCCCCCCCUCUCAGGCUCCUGAGUCUGUGUAAGGAUCUGAAUAGACAUUUGAAACCGACUGAAGGAGUAGAUUUUUGUUUUUGUUUACUUUUGGAAUAUUAGGAGUAUGUUUUUCAUCCCGUUGUCCCCUAUCAUUUCUAAGUUAAAGUUUCUCCGUUUUCAAACCCAUCCAGUAGGUGGCGGCAAAACGCCUAUAGGUGUGGUUCAUCAUAAAACCUUGAAGAAGAGAAGAUAGCAAGGGAAGAAGAAGAAGAAGAUGGAGGCGGGUGUGAGAAAAAUGGCGGGAAAGGAAGUUCUGUUUGAAUCAGAUGGCGUGUUGAGAGGAUUACAGUUAAGAGAAGUAAAGUGGAUCCAAACAUCGUUCUGAUUGUAAUUUGGUCGGGUUUUGGAUUGAUGUUGUUACCUGUGAGAUCCGGGUUGGGAUUUGUUUUCUCAUAAUUGGAUUGAAGUGAUGAAUAGCUUAGAAGGAAUGCAUUAAUGAGGAGCAUAGGUUUGAACUAUACUGAUAUAAAUUGUUUCACAUAACAGGCUGUGAUUCAUGUGAGGAACGUUAGGAGCUAGGAUGAGAUAAAACUUGUAUUUCUUAUAGAUAAGACUUGUAUUUCUCACAGAUACGAACACUGCCUCUUUGUUGUCUGUGAACCGUCCUUGAACGUAGUACAGUGGAAUGGUGUCUUUUGGGUGCUGACUCCACAGGUUGUUAUGAUAAAAACUUAUGCCUGGCAACAGUGUGCAACAAGUGGAGCGCAGAGGGGUUGGGACCAACCCGUGCGCCAACGGAUUGGCUGAGUAAGUCUAAACCACGCUCAGCGUCUACUCUGAUUGGCCAGCAGAGAGGUGGGAACUCUCUCUGUCAGAGUAUUUGAGGAAGAACCGGUAACAAUGGAUCAGUUCUCUGAGUGCCCUGCGUGGUAUUUCAGCGGACCCGUAUAUUUGAAGUUUCUAUAACAAUGUGUUGAUGAGAAUAAUGAGUGGGCUUAAUGUUUUUUUGUGUAUCUUUGGAACAGAAGGAGCUCUGUGACUCAAAAAGAUAUGGGAUUGGAAUGUGUCGUGUGUUGAUCUUGGAAGCAGGGCGCUGAUCAAGGGUGUUAUCUCUGGGGUGAUGAUUGGAAUGUGUCGUGUGUUGAUCUUCGAAGCAGGGUGCCGAUCAAGGGUGUUAUCUCUGGGGUGGUGAUUGGAAUGUGUCGUGUGUGGAUCUUGGAAGCAGGACGCCGAUCAAGUCUGCCCCCGACCCCCUCCUACUGCUAAAUCAACAAAGGAGGCUGGAAGAGAGGAGGAAUUCGAGGAGAGGGCUGAAAUAGAGGUGGAGGUUGAGGGUCCAGUGGAGGAAGAGAUGGAAAGAGAGGAGGCAGAGAGGGGGCCAGUGGAGGAAGAGAGCGAAGAAGAGGAGGCAGAGUGGGGUUCCCUGCUAGGAGAGACAGAAAGAGAAGAAGACAGAGGACCAACAGUCCAGGGAGAGACUGAGAGAGAGGAAGAGGGACAUAUUAAGGGCCCAGUGCACUACUUU